CGGGGACAGAGCAGGAGAGGACUCACACAGCUGAUCUGCCGCCGCCGCUGCAGGAAUGAGGGAAGACCCAUACUUUACUGGGAUGAGGGACCCCAGUUAUUUUGCCUGCAUUGUCGGGGGUGGGGAAUUCCUGUUGCUCUAUCCAAUACACAGAAGCAAGGACUUAGCUGGAUAUCUGACCGAGGAAGACUUUCAAGGCAUCACGGACUUCAAUGACCUCCCGAAUUCUCUGUUCGCUUGCAAUGUCCACCAAUCCGUGUUUGAAGAUGGAGCCAGCAAGGAGAAAUUCGAGGGUCUUUUCCGAGCAUAUGACGAUUGUGUGACCUUACAACUUUUCAAGAGCUUCCGGAGGGUACGAAUAAAUUUCAGUAACCCCAAGGCAGCGGCACGGGCAAGGAUAGAGCUCCACGAGACACAGUUCAGAGGGAAGAAAUUAAAGCUUUACUUUGCACAGGUCCAAACGACAGAGACAGACGGCGACAAACUCCACCUGGCACCCCCACAGCCUGCUAAACAAUUCCUUAUCUCUCCGCCUGUGUCCCCUCCAGUUGGUUGGAAGCCCAUAGAUGAUGCCACACCAGUAAUCAAUUAUGAUCUCCUUUAUGCAGUUGCUAAACUAGGCCCAGGUCAGAAGUAUGAGCUUCACGCAGGAACAGAGUCCACCCCCAGCGUAGUAGUCCACGUAUGUGACAGUGAUCUGGAAGAGGAGGAAGACACAAAAACUUCACCCAAGCCUCGAAUCAUCCCAACAAGGCGCCCUGGCCUGCCCCCCACCCAAUCCAACUAACCCGCCCCUUGCACCAUGUUCCUCUUGAUCUUUCUAACACUGAUUUGUAUCCCUUUCUCUUCCUCCUAUAGACAGUAGGAUUUGUUUUCCUUUUUAUAGGAAAGUUACUGCUACACGGUCAUAUUAGCAUGUGUCCCUAUGAAAGCUGUAGUGAAGCCUUCAUAAACUUGCUGCGUGCCAGUGACGACUUGAAACGCAUCUCAUCAUCUUCCAGGUCCUUCUGACACCGAGCGAGUUCUUAAAGGGCUGGAAACAGGGUUUCUCUAUUGAUAUCGAUAACAUAUCAAAGGCAAAAAAAAAGUGUUUCCUGUUUUGUUUAAUGUUUGCACAUCCCGUUACGGUUAUAUUGUGAGUCGUCGACACAUUUCGUAAAAGUUGCGUGUUUCAUGUCGUUCAGAAAUGCCAUUUUAGUAUCUGAACCCAUGUCCGCGAAUGGUCCAAGAAGCGAUUAACCACAUGGGAACGCUAUGGUGAAUAGGCUGUGUUUUAUUGAUUGCUGGCUCAUGAUACAAAAUGGCUGCCAAUUUUGUGCUGGUAUUGGGCCUACUUUAAGGACCACUCCAUGGUGGGCAAUGCUUAGUGCAGGGCCUAAAGGGAUGGAGCAUGGCACAUGGAUUCAAAGAACGCCAAAGAUAGAAUUCCUCUGUCAUGCGCCGUCACCUUAGGCCCUUGUGUCAUGUGUAAUAGGUGACACAACAUAUCGGUUUUACAUGGAGUGUUCAUUUUAAGUAUCGAUAUAUCAUUAGUGAGUCAAAUAGAUUAAUCCCAGUAGUUCUGUAUCAUUGGAAGACAAGCAGUUCUUUCUUAUAUGUUGGCCUCACAAUGCAAGUCUUAAAGGGGUUGUUUAUUUUUAUGUAAAUAGCUCUUAAAGGGGUUUUUCUGAGACUCUGUCCUCUGGGUAGGUCAUCAGUAUCUGGGGGUGCAACACCCAGGACCUCCGCCAAUCAGCUGUUUGAAAAGGUGUCGGUUCUCCUGUAAACGCCAUAGCCUUCUUUCAGCUCACCAACCACAGCGCCGUACAUUGUAUAGUGGCUGUGUGUGGUAUUGCAGCCCAGGGCAAUUGAUUUGAAUAGGACUGGGCUGCGCCUAGGCCAUGUGACCGAUGAACGUGAUGUCACUGGGCUCCAUCGCCUUCUCAAACUGUUAAAUAGUGGGGGUCCCUGGACUGAUCAGAUCCAGAGGAUAGGCAAUUGGUUAAAAAAUCUCAGAAAGCCCUUUUUAAGCUCAUAUAAUAAAAAUCUGAAACUUUCUAAUAUACUCUUUUAGUUCUAAUUCUGCACCAUUUAUUUUAUUUUUUUUGCAAGAUCUCUGCUUGCUGUCAGCGAUUGGACAUUUCUACAACCAGGUACUAAAAUGUUAUAUUGACCUGAAUUUACAAUUGUAUCCGGUCUAGACAAUCCUCUGUGAGCUGAAUACAUCUGCAGUGCAAAUCUCUAUACUGCCCUGAUGGUUUGCUACAGUGUGUCAGUGCAGGUAAAAGGUAUCCGUCUCACGGAGCAUUGUCUAGACUGGAUACAACUGUACCAACCCCUCAGUCGUGAGAAUUAUUAGAUCUGUAAAGGGAUUCCAGCUUCUGGAUGUAUUCAUUGACUGCAAGAAGAGAUCUUUAAAAGGGAAGAGUUGAAUGACAAAGGGGGUCAUGGCCCCUUACGCUGCGCACGCAGCGUUUUUAGGAUGCCCUCGAGACCGGGGCGUGGCUGGGGCCGAACAAUGAGCCCCGGGACAUUUACUAACUUUCGCACCAGGACACUGGCGUAAAUGACCAUUGAAAUCUUCUCCAGUCAUGGGCUGGACUAGAUGUCAAUCUAGGCGUACGGACUGGAGCCUAAUUUAUGAUGAGGCCUGCGUCUAACAAGGGGGUAUCAAAGACCGCCGUAAAAUGCUGUGCUUUGAUAAAUGACCCCCAAAGUGUGUUAUAAAAUGUCAGAACUUUUCAUGAUUUCAUAAUGAGGAAGCAUUAUUUUUAUGAAAAUGGAAAAUCCCUUUAAGCGUUGCACUGAGACACCAGUAGAUAUACCAGUCUUCUAUUGCAGGCCGUAUUAUAAUAGCAAAAAGUUGUUUUACUUAUGGUUCAUGCACACAAACGUAUUUUUUUUCCGUUCCGUUUUGCGGAACGAUUCACUUCAAUGGGGCUUGGAAAAAAAAAA